GAAAAAAAAAUAUCGUGAUAAACUUUUUCCCAUAUCCACCAGCCCUACCUUCAGCUCAACAACUUUGUCACUUCUAACACAAACAGCUUGCCUGCAACUUCUAUGUUAAACUUUUAAUUUUGUCAAUAAUAUGCUGUGAAAAUAACGUAUAAACUUUUGAACAAGCACAAUUUAAUGACUCUAGAUCUCAAAAUUAAACAGAAGCAGAUUUGAGUAAGUCAAUCUCGGUCUAAAGUCACAUUAGUUUCAAGCAGAAUUACGUUUUUUUAACUUAAACAGAGAGACAAAAGGUCAUUUCGCCAUGUUAGGUGUUUUUACACUUUAUAUGUUUCAAUAUUAGAGAAGCAAAAAUUAAAACAAACACCUUAAAGCUGAAGCUACUUUAACUGUUAGCUCAUCUCAAACGUCCUCUCACUUGUUGCUUCUUCUUCUUCGAAACGACAUGACUAAAACUAAAUUAAAACAGAAACACAGAACUGAAAACUGUUUGAAAACGUCGUCUGGGCAUUUUCAGAGUAUCUUACCUUGUCCAGUUUCACUGUUUUCCCUCACAAACCGGUGUUGGGUUUUAAAAUCCUGAUUUUUGGACGAACUGCGCCAUCACCCGGACCGUUGGUCGCCUUACGUCUUACGUCUUACGUCAUCUCCGAGCGACAAGGAAGCGCUGCUACAUGCGCGUCCUUCAGAGCUGUUGUUACCCAAACUCCUUACAAAAGUCGAGCGUUAGCGGUUAAGUAGAAGUGAUGUUGUAGAUUUUUGGUUUUAUGGAGUGACAGGCGUCUAUAGAGGAGUUGGACGGCUGAAUUAAUUCAUUUUGGAGCUUAGACGCUUUAAUCCGGUGAGUGGAAGUUGAGUUAAAAGCAGACUCUAUUCAUUCCAGUUCAUUUUACCUGCAUUGCUGACUAAAGGUUCAUGUUAUUUUUCAGCAUUUUAUGUUAAAUUUUGAAGUUGAACAAGAUUUAGUGAGUAAAUGUAUCAUUUAGAGUAUCUAGACUGAUGUCAAGAAGUCAAUUUACAGCAAACAAAUACAGAUAAUAGUGUCAGUUUAAGGAAUAUUUGAUCAAGACCUGCAGUAAACACAUAAGUUAUGAUGAAGAGGCUCACUAUAAAUGCGCAUAGAUGUCCGGUUAGUUGUGGUUAGCUGUCAUUGAUAAUGCUGGCAACAAAGGGGACAAUACGGUGGCCCAGAACAGCCACUGCUGCAAAUAAAAAAAAGAAGAAUCCACAACAGUAGAUACCAAUGAAAACAAAAGAAACUGAAACCAGCUGCAAAUAGAAAAAGAAACGAUACGUAUAAAAAAAUAAAAAGAAGCCACAACGGAAGUUACCAAUGCAAAAAAAAAAGAAAAACGGUGCAGAUAAAAAAUAUUUUUUAAAAAAGCCACAACCCAAGUUAACGACACAAAAAAAGUGACAAUGCAAAUAAAAAUUUAAAAAAGUUAUUUCCUACAAAAAUAUAAGGAUGCAGAUAAAAAAAGCCAUAACGGAAGUGAGCUGCCGGGGACCAAUAGUGAUGAUGCACCGGUGUUUUGCGAUCUAGGCACAGAAGACGAGCAAAUAAGUUAGUGGAAAGGUCAUUGUUUAAUUUCAGGUCGUUUGGUUAGGCCGUGUAGCGCCUGAGUUGAUAUGAAGUUGAACUGAAGGAUGGCGGUGUAGUGUUAGCUUCAGUUUAACUUAUCGACUCAGGCACAACGUGGCCAAACAAAUGACACAUUGAAAAAUAUACCAAGCGAAAUUAAACAAUAACCUUUCCACUUACUUCUUUGCUCGUCUUCUCACCGUCCUCAUUAUUGGUCCCCGACAGCUCACUUCCAUUGCGGCUUCUUAUAUGCAUCCUUUUAUUUUCGCAGUAAGUAACCUUUUUAUAUUUUUCCAUCGCCACAUUUUUAUGUUGUUAACUUCCGUUGUGGCUUUUUUUUUCCUUUAUCUGCACUGUUUCUUUUUUAUUUGCAAUGGGCUUCAGUUUCUUCUUUUUUUUUUUGCAUUGGUAACUCCCAUUGUGGCUUCUUUUUUUUUUUGCAUUCUUUUCUAUUUGCAGCAGUGGCAUUUCUCGGCCACCGUAGAAAGAAACUGUGGCUGAACUGUGAGGUUUUGAUCCCCAACGGACUGCAGACUCUUACCAGACUUUCCUACCUAAACUCUGAGCCCUUAAAGAUUUAAUAAUUCUUUCACACUAAGUCUGCAAAGAUGCCCACUAUAGGAAAAGGCUCAAAGGCAGUCAGAAGUCCCCCACGCACUUGAUAGUUACACACUAGGACAGCCUUAAGUCCUGGCAGACUGAGUGGGAGGGUGCUUCAAAGUCAGCUAGUGUGUGGGUGUCAACACUUGAGCUUACCUGCACCCUUCAGGGUCCUGGAAGUAGACAUGUCCUGGAGAGAGGAUGAAAUUCUAGAGCCUCUUGUAGAGACUGUCCUGAGUCUUUUUUAGAGGUAUGAUAGUGGGGUUAUUUGACAGUUCCUCUUGUCAUAGCAGGGGCUACAUAAAUACCUGUCAUCUUACCCAGUUUUAAAACCCCCUCUCAGGUUUAAGCAGCUAUGACGGCUCCAAACUCUGCAGAACGGAAAGCAUGCUGGGGUGCCAGAGAUUUGCUGUGGAAGUGUCUGGAUGACAAUAAUGACAACGCUGAAUCCUGCAAAAACUUCCAGGGCGAGUUUGAGGCAAAAUGUCCCGCUCAGUGGGUAAGUGGUCCUGUCUCUGUUCUUUUGACUCAUACUUACUGGGUCUAGAGACGAUUCUAACCUUUUCAAUCUCCCUUGGCAGGUGAAAUAUUUCACAAAGAGACGAGACUUCCUGAAGUACAAAGAGCAGAUGGAGGCAGAGGGCUUCACACCAACUGACGGUCCUAAGCAGCCAUCAUAGCAAAUGACUUUCUGAAACUGACUGUAAACCCUAAUCAGACCAGGGCCAGAGGUGAACAAUCUGGAGAUGGGAUUCCCAACCUCAUUGUGGACUGAAUACUUGAACCUCCCACCAUCAUUAUUUAUGUCAAGGAGGCAAAAGCUGCGCCAAGAAAGCAGCUCCAGGCGGAAACAAGUGAGACUGGAUUGAGAGUGUUGAUGUGGCAUCAGCCCGCCUGGAUAAAACAUGUCUUAUUGUUUGUAAUUUGAAAUAAAAAUGAAAUGUUUUAAUAUCUCAGCUUGAUUAACGUCCACAAAUACAGGAACAGAAACGUCAUCAGUCUCCAUUACUGCUGUCAGCCACUGCCGUUAGCGCACAAUGUUGUCCCCUCUGUUAAAUGUUUGCUUUAAAUGAACUUCUUUUGCACUGAAACCAUCGAACGAGUCGAGAUUUAUUAAAUGAUCAUAAAUUCUGACCUUUUCUGCGUAUCUUUUACUGUUUUUAAGUGAGUGUCAUUAGGAAUUGAUGUGAAAUAUAAGAAUAAUCACUCCACUCGGGCGUUUCAGUGGUUUUAUUGUUGUGCAUGUAUAAUUUCACCCUAUCUCUAGGUUUUGAGUUGAAUAUGAAUAAAACAUCAAAAUAUAACAGAUAAUUUAGGAAUAUUACAGUUCAUCUGAAAACAGACAAAGGCACAUUAUAUUACAAAUCUGUGUGUAUUUACAAAGGAGUGUGGCCCUUGGGUCAAAGGUCACUGCUGUAACACCGUCAAGAUGUUUCGACACCUAAGACCUAGACUUGUAAUGCAGUGAUAUAAAAAAUGCAAAAAUUACAUUAAAAAUUUGUGUAAAAAUAUAAA